AUGUCAGAGCGAGAAUACCAAAUCAACCCAUUGGUCCAAGAGUCCAUGAUUCACAAUGGCAGAAUUCUUUCGAAUUUCCAGAGCAUAACUGCGCCCCUCUUUGGCGUAACCGCUGGCGUGCUUGGCCUCGAAUCAUAUACUGGCUUCCUUCUCUACUUCGUGCUCUCCAUUAUUGCGACCGUCAUGUUUUAUGCCAUUCAAAUAGCACCCUCGUCGCUUGCCGCUGGAAAGACACCUUUCGAUGCCAGCCGAUACUAUUACGGCGCAGCAAGCUUCUGGACCGGCGGCAUAUUCAACGGGCUAUCAGGUUUCAUUCUGACAUGGACGCUCUUUUAUGGCUUGGUACAAGCCUGA